ACUACUUUAGGCUGAUUUAACUCUCUUUUGAUUAUGUUUAUUAUCCAGAUUAUACACACAGAAGCAUUCAUUGGUGAUCCCAAAGUGAAAUCUGCUGCUGCUGCUUGUCGCUCAAUAAAUUCGACGAUCCAAAUUGAUGAAUAUGUGGAAGCUCUUCGCACAUCCAAUGCUUUGGAAAUCCUCAGCCAAUAUGAUAUCAUAGUAGAUGCGACCGAUAAUCCUCCAAGUCGUUACAUGAUCAGCGAUUGUUGUGUCCUGCUAGGGAAGCCUUUGGUGUCAGGUGCUGCACUUGGGAUGGACGGGCAGCUUACUGUUUAUAAUCAUAACGGAGGCCCGUGCUACCGGUGUCUUUUUCCCACUCCUCCACCUUCCACAGCGUGCCAAAGAUGUUCUGAUAGUGGAGUUCUUGGAGUAGUUCCGGGUGUUAUCGGUUGUUUACAAGCGUUAGAGACAAUUAAACUCGCGAGCAUGGUUGGCGACCCACUCACUGAACGGAUGCUUCUUUUUGAUGCAUUAUCAGCAAGGAUCCGCAUUGUCAAGAUCAGAGGCAGGUCCUCCCAGUGCACAGUUUGUGGAGACAAUUCAUCUUUUGACAAGCAAAAGUUCAAAGAUUUUGACUAUGAGGACUUCACCCAAUUUCCUUUAUUUGCGGGCCCGUUGAACCUGCUUCCUGCAGAAUCAAGAAUUAGCAGCAAAGAUUUCAAAGAAAUCCUUCAAAAGAAGGAACGCCAUAUUCUUCUCGAUGUUCGACCUUCUCAUCACUAUAAGAUUGUCUCUCUCCCGGAAUCACUCAACAUCCCUCUUGCAAACUUAGAGGCUCGGUUAAACGAGCUUACUUCAGCUCUUAAAGAAAAGGAAGAUGGUCAUGUUAACACUGGAUCUUGCACAAAUCCUAGUGUCUACGUUGUUUGCAGACGUGGGAAUGAUUCACAGAGAGCUGUUCAGUAUCUUCGUGAUUCGGGUUUCAGUUCAGCUAAGGAUAUAAUCGGAGGACUGGAAGCUUGGGCAGCCGAUGUCAACCCCAACUUCCCCACCUAUUAGGGGGAAACUUUUUUUGCUCCAUGGUAAAAUCCAUAGCUCAAAAUGUCUGAAGUAUAAGCAUGUAUUGUUUAGUUAUGUCAUGUGAUGUAUUGUUUAGUUAUAUCAUGUGAUGAUACUCAAAUCCAUGUUUAAAACAUAGUGAGUUUGAAGAUGUUAUGUUCGUUGUAUCAGUCUGAUUCAAUUAUAUGAAACAAAUAUUCAAUCUU